CAGUAGCCACAAGAGAAUUAGCACGCUUUCGGCGACAAUGACCCCUUCACAGUUCACACUCCCAACAUAGCUUCUCUCGGCGCUCGUCUAUGCUGUAUGCACCACCGAGAAGGAGAACAGCAAGCAAAGGCGCGACGACAUGCCGUGCAGAAGAGCAAGCACACCGGCCGCUGCAGCUGCAGCUGAUCCUGCUGUGGCUGCAUGGCCUCUCACCCCACUGGUGCUGGCGCUCGCCGUCUUCUCGGCGAUGCCUCACGUCACGCUCUCCCGGGGACGGGAGAAUCAGUGGCCGCCUCUAGAGGGAAACUCGCAGCUGACGACGACGAAGAACCUGUCGUGCGACGAAGUCCCUUAUCCCUUCGGCUUAAAAGGCAAAUCUGCCCCUGGCUUCAGGGUAACAUGCCGGAAAAACGACAGUGCUGCCAUGCUCCGCAUUGGCCAUCAAAAAUUUCGAAUCGAUCAGGUGUCUUCGCAGGAAGGUUUCGUCGUCAUAUUUGCAGGCCCCAUCUACCGGUUGUGCUACGAUCGCAACGGCCGGCCGGUCGUGGGGAGCACCGGAAUCGGGCCGACGAAUUUGACGGACACGCCGUUCUUCUUCUCCAAGCGCAACACGCUCGUCGCCACCGGCUGUUACUCCAACUUUACUGCUACCUUCACCAGCUCGCUACACCAUCAUGGUUGGUCUACUAACGGAAGCUGCACAACCAACGGCAGAGUAAACUCUGACGGAUUGUGCCCCGGGACGGCCUGCUGCGACGCCUACGGCAUGCCGUUGGACGACGCGCAGGAGGUCACCUUCGAGUUCAACAAGACAUCGGCGAGCGUGGCCGGCACCUGCAGCGCAGCCUUCAUCCUCUACCAAAAAGAGCAGAUCUUCAAAGUCAGCGGUAACAGCAAGCCAAUGCAUCUCCACCAAGAAGAGCACAUCUUCAGAGCCGGCGGCGGUGACAGCAAGCCAGUGCAUCUGGAAGACGUUCUGGUGCCUUUGGGUGAGCGAAGGAUGGUCUUGGACUGGGUGAUUGGGCGCGCCACCUGUGAGCAAGCCCGGAACAACAGCUUCAAGACACAGUACCGCUGCAACAACGAGAGCUCAUGCAUGGACAGGUUCAUGGGAGAGGGCUACGUGUGCAGAUGCAAAGCAGGGUACGACCAACACAACGGGAAUCCAUACGAGGCAGGCGGCUGCCAAGAUAUCAACGAAUGCCGGUCUCUCAUUUACAACAACUGUAGCGUACUCUGUCAUAACACUCCCGGAGGAUAUACUUGCUCUUGCCCCAAUAAUAAGACUGGUGAUGGCUACAGGACAGGGACAGGGUGCAUUGACUCCCAUCGGCCACCUGGCGCCCCUACCCACAACCAACCGCAAGGCCUAGAUGUGUGCAGAGAAUUGAACCCUUGCACGUACUCAAAAUCCUGCAAGGAUGAGCAAGGAGUUACUUCGUGUGUUUGCCCGAAAGGCAUGAUCGGCGAUGGCCAGAAGAAUGGGAGUGGCUGCAAAAAGCAGUUUCCUUUAUAUACCGCUUUGGUGUCUGCAGGUGUAGCUCUUGCACUUACGGCCACGCUAGCUACAGUGUUGUUGUGCUACUACUUGACAAUGAAGAAAAGAAAGGUGGAAAGAAACAGAGCUGAGUUAUUCAGGAAGAAUGGAGGAUUGCUACUGCAGCAAAGAUUUUCGAUGAUGACAUCUCAAGGUGAGGAUUCAUCAGCGAAGAUAUUUAGUGCGGAAGAACUCAAGGAUGCCACUGACAACUAUAGUGAGAGUCGGAUCCUUGGUCGAGGCGGAAGUGGGAUGGUUUACAAGGGUAUCCUUCCAAAUAAUACCACGGUUGCCAUAAAGAAGUCCAUCUUGUUUGAUGAAAGCCAGGUGGAGCAAUUUGCCAAUGAGAUUACCAUCUUAUCGCAGAUUGAUCACCCAAAUGUUGUCAAGCUUUUGGGUUGCUGUCUAGAGACAAACGUUCCGUUGUUGGUUUACGAGUUCAUACCUAAUGGAACACUCUUCCAGCACAUCCACAACAGGAGUUCUUUAAGAUGGGAAGAUUGCUUAAGGAUAGCUGAAGAAACAGCCGAAGCACUUGACUAUCUGCACUCUACAUCUUCUACACCAAUCAUUCACAGAGACAUCAAAUCAAGCAACAUACUUUUGGAUGAGAACUUGAUGGCUAAAAUAUCAGACUUUGGUGCAUCAAGAUCAGUCCCAUUUGAUCAAACUCAUGUAACAACUCUAAUUCAAGGAACAAUUGGGUAUCUCGAUCCUGAAUAUUUCCAAAGCAGCAAGCUCACAGAGAAGAGUGACGUUUACAGCUUUGGAGUAGUUCUUGCAGAGCUAUUGACAAGGCAGAAACCUAUUUCUGCAAGCAGGCCGGAGGAAUCCUGUAACUUAGCCAUGUAUAUUGUGAAUUUAUUUAAUGAAAGGCGUCUACUACAGGAGAUAGAGCCACACAUUUUGGCAGAAGCAGGUGAAGAGCAGAUACAUGCUGUUGCCCAGCUCUCAGUCAGAUGCUUAAAUUUGAAGGGAGAAGAACGACCAGUUAUGAGGGAAGUGGCUUCAGUUCUACAUGGGCUAAGAGAGUCGUUUGACGAGGAGCAAAUCAUCAGAAGAAGCAAUGAAUCAAUACAGAUAACUAAUGGACAAGACAGUGUACAUAGUGAGGCAAGACCAAUUCCCAGCUUGCAGUCUUCAGGGGAAAUUACCACUGAGUACAGCUUGCCAGCUGAAAUACUGCCUUCUUCUUACUUGGCAAGAUGAUGCUCUUAUUACGAUACU